CAGAAACAGAGGAAAUAGCAGAGAGCUUCCAGCAAUGGCACGAUUCAGGGGAAUCCUGCCCUGAAGGCACUGUUCCAAUCCGACGAACUACAGAGAAAGACGUUCUCAGAGCGAAUAAGCUCAGGAGAUUUGGGAAGAAACUCAUAAGACAUCUCAGGCGGGAUUCAUCAGGAAAUGGCCACGAGCAUGCUGUGGUGUUUGUUAACGGAGAUCAAUACUACGGAGCAAAGGCGAACAUCAACGUGUGGGCACCGAAGGUCACCGAUCCUUACGAGUUCAGCUUGUCGCAAAUUUGGGUCAUCUCUGGCUCUUUCGAGAACGAUCUCAACACCAUUGAAGCUGGCUGGCAGGCAAGUUAUAUCCCUAAACCGAGUUUUGCAUCUGCUUAAUUAUUGAUUGGAAAGAAGAAGAAAAAAAGCUCACUUUGUGCGUUUGUAAAUUACUCUGUUUUUGGUGGGUUUUGCAGGUGAGCCCUGAGUUGUAUGGUGACAGCUACCCAAGAUUCUUCACUUAUUGGACUGUGAGUGUAAAUGAUUGAUGGUUCGUUUUGGUUUAAUGAUCCCUUUUUCCGCUCUUCGUAGGUAAAUGAGCUAAGGGCUGCUUUAGGGCCUUUGUCAGGUAGGAAAGCAAAGUACUGUACCGAUGGAUGCCUGCGGAGAUACCUGGAAGCUAGGAACUGGAAUGUUGACAAGGCUACUAAAAUGCUUGAAGAGACUCUCAAGUGGAGAGCCACAUAUAAGCCUGAACAAACCCGCUGGCAUGAAAUAGCACAUGAAGGGGAGACAGGCAAGGUGUUUCGAGCCAAUUUUCGCCAUCGUGCUGGGAGGACAGUACUGAUUAUGAGGCCAGGGAUGCAGAACACCAACUGUGCAGAGGACAAUAUCCGACAUUUGGUGUAUCUCAUCGAGAACAGCAUUCUCAACCUUCCUGAAGGCCAAGAUCAAAUGUCAUGGUUGAUAGACUUAUCGGGAUUCUCCUUGAACACCAACGUCUCCAUGAGAACUGCUCGUGAAAUCAUCAACAUUUUGCAGAAUCACUACCCGGGGAGGCUCGCCCUUGCAUUUCUGUACAGCCCGCCAAGAAUUUUCGAAGCAUUCUGGAAGGUCUGUUAUCCUUCGUAGUCUCUGUUAAUUGUGCGUUUGGGCCAUACAGU